GGAUCCUAUCAAUCACUUACUCCGCGGGUCUGAUUCUCGCCUCCACUAGGUAUUGUGCACAGAGAUGAGUGAAUCUUUUUCUUCUUCAUCAUCAUCAUCAUCAUCAGCAUAAUCAUAAAAAAAAAACCCCGAGCGGCAGAUUCGCGUGCUUUGCCGGGAACAACAACUACUACUUCUUUUCUAGUACUAGUGGUACAAUUUUUUAUUGCUUCACAGUGUUUCUCUUUCUCACUCUCUCUAAUUCUUCUUCCAAAAAAAAAAAAAAAACUCGCUUUUUUCAUUCACGGUUUCUCACCACCUCAAUUCCCCACUCUCUCUCUUUCUCUCUAAACUCGUAAAACCUUCUUUCGAUUCCAUCAAAGAACUCUCUCAGAGCCAUGCUCACCAACGAAGGCUUCCAAGGUGUUUCAAAUUGCUAUGUAUUCAAGAGCCGUUUACAGGAGUAUGCUCAAAAAAUUGGACUUCCUACUCCUGUGUAUGAGACUAUCAAAGAAGGCCCUUCCCAUGAACCUUCCUUCAGGUCAACUGUGAUAGUAAAUGAUGUUAGAUAUGAUUCUUUGCCUGGAUUUUUCAAUCGUAAAGCAGCAGAGCAGUCAGCUGCUGAGGUUGCUCUAUCGGAGUUAGCUAAAGCCAGUGAAUUUAAUCAAUCCAUCUCUCAGCCUGUUCAUGAAACAGGAUUGUGCAAAAAUCUACUUCAAGAAUAUGCUCAAAAGAUGAAUUAUGCAAUUCCAUUGUAUCAGUGCCAAAAGGAUGAAACCCCAGGUAGAGUGUCUCUCUUUUCAUGUACUGUAGAGAUUGGGGGGAUUCGUUAUAUUGGAGCUGCAGCAAAAACAAAGAAAGAGGCAGAGAUCAAAGCUGCUAGAACUGCACUUUUAGCUAUUCAGUCAAGUACAUCCCAGUUAUCUGACAAAUCAGUUCACAAGACUCAGUUAACAGUAAUCCCAAGCAAGAAAAGGGGGACUGAAUUAGCUGCUCUUAAUGAGGAGGCUGAAAAUGUUCCGAAGGCAAAGAAACCUAGAUUUACAAGGAGAAUGUUGAAAAGGCAACAAGGUGACAAGGCAGGCAAUAGUCAAGUUGAGAAUGCAGGCAGUUCCCGGACACUUAUUGAUGCUAACGGAUCAGGAUUGGAUCAAACUAAUGGACAUGGAAUCCAAGAAGCAGGUUUGGGACCAUUGGCUAUGGAAGCUAUUAGGAAUCCCCAAGAUCGUAGAUCAGAUGUGAGCGUGAAUGAGAAAGGAACACCUGCUGGGGAAGGUGCGUUGUUGGCUAUAGGAGUUAAUGGACAUGGGGUCCAAGAAGCAGGUUUGGGACCAUUGGCUAUGGAAGCUAUUAGGAAUCCCCAGGAUGGUAGAUCAGAUGUGAAUGCAAAUGAGGAAGUAAUACCUAUUGGGGAAGGUGCGUUGGCUAUAGAAAUAGAAUCCAUGGGGAAUCCUGAAAAUGUUAGAUUGGAUGUGAGUUCAAAUGAAAAAGAAAUAUCUGCUGGGGAAGGUGCGUUGGUUAUAGAAGCUAAUGGACAUGGGGUCCAAGAAGCAGGUUUGGGACCAUUGGCUAUGGAAGCUAUCAGGAAUCCCCAAGAUGGUAGAUCAGAUGUGAGCGAAAAUGAGAAAGAAAUACCUGCUGGGGAAGGUGCGUUGGCUAUAGAAUCCACGGGGAAUCCCCAAAAUGUUAGAUUGGAUGUGAGUGCAAAUGAAACAGAAAUAUCUGCUGGGGAAGUUGUGCUGGCUAUAGAAGUAAAUGGACUUGGCUUCCAAGAAGCAGGUUUGGGACCAUUGGCUAUGGAAGCUAUUAGGAAUCCCCAAGAUGGUAGUUCAGAUGUGAGCGCAAAUGAGAAAGAAAUACCUGCCGGGGAAGGUGCGUUGGCUAUAGAUUCCACGGGGAAUCCCCAAAAUGUUAGAUUGGAUGUGUGUGCAAAUGAAAAAGAAAUAUCUACUGGGGAAGGUGCUUUGGAUAACCAAGUCAAUGGUAAUUGUGAUAAUGGGCAGUUAACAGCUUUAAGUCCUAAUCAAAGCAAUGAUGGGAAUCUUGAUGUAGGAACAUCUUCUGUGUUCUCCGGAGAUAUGACUGCGUUGACAAAGGAGGUUAAUGGAGUUACAGGGGUAGCUUCAGUUGCAGACAAUUCUACUAUGGGUCAGAUAGAGACUUCAAGUGUCCAGCUGGCUUAAACAAAUCAGAAGAGUGGAUCCAGGCAGGUGCAAACCGUGUUUGGGAGAGUGUUCAAUUGUUUGGAAAUAUUUUGCAGUUAGGAAAAUAUUGAGAUGAGGUUUUUAAUAGAUUUAGACAUAUUAAGAAUUCUAUAUCAAUUAGUUUAUUUGGGUGUCUUAGACCAUUUAGUCAGAGUUUACAUCUUGCGGUGUCCAUCAGCUUCGUUUGCAUGUAUUGGUAGAUUCGGAGCAGGAACCACAAAGAACUUUCUGCUAUAUAUCAGUUAGUUUAUUUGGUUGUCUUAGAACAUUUAGUCAGAGUUUACAUCUUUUGGUGUCCAUCAGCUUCGUUUGCUUGUAUUGUUAGAUUCGGAGCAGGAACCACAAAGAACUUACUGCUAUAGUACCUAUUCUUAAUGUUACCUAAAGAACCUUUUUUUUUUUUU